AUGGGUCCAAUGCAAAGGAGGCUGACUCAGCUGCUGGGUCACUGCAGGAGGACGUCCUGGACACCGAGCUGUGUUUGUGCAACAAGUGGAACCAGCUUCAAGAUCUACUGCACUUCUGCUGCCCCUCAGCCAGCCGAGUUGGAUGCUCUGGAGAUCCACAAACAGCGGCUCCUGAUGUGGUUCAGUCACCUGCCUCAGGAGGAGAAGCAGUUCGGUGGCUCCUUCAGCCCAGAGACCAUGCACGUGGACCCGCUGAUCCUGGAGAGGAAGCCAGAGGACAGGGCUGGUCUUCUCUCCUCCGCCCUGCGCCCGGACUCUCAGCUCUUCUCCAAAAAUAUGGAGCAGCUGUUUGAUCCCAGCCCGUCCUGGGACUCCUCCAGGGGGCUCAACGUGCUGCUGUACGGGGCAGUGGGCACCGGCAAGAGCACCGUGGUCCGAAAACUGGUGCAGGACUGGUGCCGAGGCCGGACCCUGGGCCAGUUCAGACUGCUCGUCCCCUUCUCCUGUGAGGACCUCAGCCAACUCUCCAAAGUGUCUUCUCUGCGUGACCUGGUGGGCCGUAAGUACUUGCACCUGCGCAGACACCCCCUGCUGAGCGGGGAGGGGGGCUGUGCGCGUGACGUCCUCUUUCUCUUCAACGGUCUGGAGAAGAUGAAGCUGGACUUUAGGAUCGGCUCCACUGAGCUCUGCAGCGACCCCAACGAACCACUGCCCCCUGGUGUUGUGGUGGUCAACCUGCUCCGCAAAUAUCUGCUGCCAGAGGCCAGUGUCUUGGUCACCACCCGUCUCUCUGCUCUGGACCGAGUUCCUCAGAAAUACAUCAGCCGCUACGCUCAGAUCUGCGGCUUCAUUGACCCGGACCGUCAGAGGGCCUACUUCGCGAGCCGCCUUCUCCAACAAACCGGUGACGCUCCGCAGAAAGAGGCGGCCCAGGCCCUCGUCGAACUCCUCUAUCUCAACCUGCAGAGAGAAACCCAGUUAGCAGCCGCUUGCUUUCUACCUUCCUACUGCUGGCUCACCUGCGCCACACUGCAUUUCCUCCACUUCACCAACGCCAACGCACCCAUCCGCACCCUCACCGGAAUUUACACCAGCUUUUUGAGGCUGAACUUUGGCGGGGAGGUACUGGGAAUGGGCUCAGGUGCCGGAACACCCAUCCAGGAACACCACAACUCCCUGAUGCUGUACGUGGUCCGCACCGUGGGGAAACUGGCCUUCGACGGGGUCACCAACAAGCGCAUGUCGUUCUCGGAGAAGGAGCUGGAGCAGUGGAUCGGGGGCAAAACCAAAACGGACGAGGAGUUGAGGCAGCUGGCCAUGUUCAGGACUGACGUGCUGGACUUUUUCCUGGCCCCCUGUGUGGAGAGAAGUACCGUUGUGUCGGCAGAGACGAGCGAGCACGAAGAGCAGAGAUACGUGUUCGCGGCUCCGGCCAUGCAGGAGUACCUCGCUGCUCUGUACGUGGUUCUGGGGGAAAACAAAACUGCUCUGGAGAAACUCACCAAACAAGUGUCCACAGCCAUCGGACAGGCCAGCGAGGACGUGAAUGCUCUCCUCACCAUCAUCUCAAAGUUCAUCCCUCUGCGCAUCUUCACCAUCUUCAACCUCCUCAAGCUCUUCCCCAAACUGUUUGAGAAGUUCAGUCUCCAGAACAAGGGCCGCAUCGGUCGCACUUUGGCCACAGAGAUGUUUCGAGACGAGGACAGUAAUAACGAGGACGUGCUGGACCAGGUGGAGCAGAACCUGCUGGGGGUGCACGGUCCACAGGCGCCCCAGAGCACCGAGCAGCAGCCCUUUGAGCUCUACCCCAUCUUCAUGGGCGGGUUGCUCAACUACGGGAACAGAGUCCUGCUUCAACAGCUCGGCUGCACCAUCCACAACGACACCGUGGCCCAGAUCACCAAAGCGCUGCGCAAGUAUCUGGUCCGAGAGCUGAGUAAGCCGCAGCCCCCGGAGGAGGUGGUGGACCUGCUCAUCCUGCUCUACGAGUUCCAGAACCCCAGACUCACGGCCGAAGUCCUGUCCACCAUCCGCUCCAUCCGCCUCUGUAACAUCCGCAUGACCCCACUAAAGUGCUACGUCCUCAGCUCCGUGCUCUCUUGUACUCCCUCCAGUUAUCAUCUGGAGGUGCUGGACCUGUCCUCCUGUUUGCUGACUCCCGACAUGCUGAGGAUUCUACAGCCUGCGUUUAGACACACGCACCACCUCAACCUGCAGUUUAACAGUCUGGGCCCAGAGUCGUGUUUGCUGCUGAGAGACCUGCUCCUGGAUCCCAAGAGCUGCAUUAAGAGUCUGCAACUCUGUGAUAACCCCAUCCUGGACGCCGGAGCCUUGUCUCUGUUAGAAGCUCUGCCGGAGAACCAGUCCCUGCGUCACCUCACCCUGAUGCACACGGGGCUGGCAGAUGGUGGCGCUGUGGAGCUGGCUCAGGCUCUGCACUCCCACAGCGGCCUGGAGGAGCUGAACGUGGCCUACAACAACAUCGGUGACAACGCAGCACUGAGUCUGGUGGACGCCUGCCGGGAACACCCCACAGUCCACACGCUGCACUUGUACCUUAACCCUCUGAGUGACGUAGGGAAACAGUCUCUCUACGUCCGCGGCGACAAGAGUAAGACCGGGCGUAAAGUCCGGGUCUUGGCCUCGGUCACAGAGGGUUCCGACCUGUCCGAGGACUGGCACCCCAUCCUCAGCGUGAUCCGAGAGAACGCCAAGUCCUGGGACCGAGAGCGUGUCAAGCAGCAGCUCAGGGUUUUCCUGCGAGAUCUGGAGUGGGGCCGGCAGCAACAGCCCAAAUUCUGGAAGAGGCUUCACUUUCGGCGCGUGGAGAGGGGAAUCCGGGAGACUCUGAAACAGUUGGAAAAACGCGAUGUGAUCCACGCGUGCGACGUGCGCAACCAGCCACCUCCAAAAUAA